CCCUUUUAUCCCACCCCGAGGUGAGGUACCGGGGGCGUACGAUAAAAGAGGUCCUUUUCGCCUCGAAACAGAGCACCCAACAGUUCGAUUGUGUAGCCCCGGCUAUAGGGAAACAAAAUUUGACGUGGUGCUGCUUUCGGAGAAAGGUGGAAAAAAGAGAGAGUGUUAAACAAUUACAAGCCAACCAACGAGUGGGAAGUGAUUUAAAUUAAAGUGCUGCAAAGUCAACCGCCUUAUACGGCUCCUAACGCACAUCGCGGUCGCGCUGAUUAGCUUGCGGUGUGUGCGUGUGUGUUCGUCUGUCGCUAGCCGUCGGCGGCGAUCGCAGGAAGUGAACGCAGGUCACCGAGCAGGCAACGAAAAGAUACCGCUGUUGCUAGGCGCGCAUCGAAACAGCUGUUCGCCGAACCGCGCCGCCGUGUCGUGUGUGCGUGUCGUAUUUUGGCGAGAGAGUCAGGUCGCAGCGGUGAGCAAUCCGAGACCGCACUGAGCGGAACAUUUCGUUCAACGCUUUUACCGCGAGUACACGUGCUUUGGUGCGAAUCGAUACUUCCCACACACAAAAAAAAGCCUUCAAACGCACCGACAGAGAGCGGGAGUGAAAUUUGUGGACCGGUGAUAGAGGAUUCUAGAACCGUCUUGUGAUAUUUAUGCUGGGCUUGGAACUAGUACUUUAAAGACUGCGGCGCGCCGUCUUCUGUGAUCUUCUGUCGAGUGGAAGAAUUAUUGUGAUAGAGUGUAACUUUGCUGGAAGAACCGAAACAAAAUGGCCCUCGAACAGAGCGGGAUACCAGUCAGCGGCGGCGAUGUGCUGGAGGAUUUCGUCCUCAUCUUCAAGGCACUAUUGUCACGGUACUUAGACAUCGGUGAGGAUCUAAACGUACCUGAUGACUUCACGCAGAGCGAAAUGCAAACCGGCAUGUGGUGGCGGCACCUGGCGGCGGGUGGAAUCGCCGGAGCAGUAUCGCGGACCUGCACAGCGCCACUAGAUCGGCUGAAGGUGUUCCUACAGGUGCAAUCAUCCAAACAGCGAAUCUCAGACUGUCUUCAGUACAUGCUGAAGGAGGGUGGCGUGCGGAGCCUGUGGCGUGGAAAUCUGAUCAACGUGCUAAAGAUCGCUCCGGAAAGUGCGAUCAAGUUCGCGGCGUACGAGCAAGUGAAGCGCUUGAUCCGUGGCAAGGACAAACGCCAGAUGACGAUCUACGAGCGGUUCGUGGCGGGUGCCUGUGCCGGAGGCGUUAGCCAGACGGUCAUCUACCCGAUGGAAGUAUUAAAAACGCGGCUAGCGCUGCGAAAGACCGGCGAGUACAGUAGCAUCGUUGAUGCGGCCACAAAGAUCUACCGGCGGGAAGGGCUGCGUUCCUUCUACCGCGGCUACAUUCCAAACAUGCUCGGCAUCAUCCCGUACGCCGGCAUCGAUCUGGCGGUGUACGAGACGCUGAAGAAGAAGUACCUUAGCCACCACGAGACGGAGCAACCCAGCUUCUGGUUGCUGCUGGCUUGUGGCAGUGCGUCCAGCACGCUCGGUCAAGUUUGCUCUUACCCGCUGGCGUUGGUCCGAACGCGAUUGCAAGCUCAAGCGGUCACAAUUGGUCCGAAUCCGGAUGGCAGUGUCACGGUGGAACCGAACAUGACCAAUGUAUUUAAGCGAAUAAUACAAACGGAAGGUCCUCUGGGUCUCUACCGUGGCAUCACGCCGAACUUCAUCAAAGUAUUACCGGCCGUCUCGAUCAGCUACGUCGUGUACGAGUAUUCGAGCCGUGCCCUCGGCGUUAAUAUGACGUGAUCUGUGUCACAGUUGGAAAGCAUUGCACCGCGCACUACUCGCACCGUGCCGCUGCAACCUCUACGCUUUGUGUCCCGCCCGGCACCGCGUCGUUCUGCGAUGUUUCGGCUUCUCGGUCCUCGACGCCACUCAGCCGACGUUCGGCUCCAUCAUUCUCAUCAAACCCCCCGGUGCGUGCUGCCUGGGAUUGGACCGUCCAUGGAAAACUGAGUGACCAAGGCUUAUCCCUGCUCAUCGCCUCAACGUUCCAGUCAGAUGUUUAGCUACGUUCCAUCAAAUCCUAACACCACUCGAAGACGACGAAACGAUCGCACUAUCUUGCGUGACACAGAUAGUUGUUUAGCUGCAACGGCCUGGGAUGGAUCUUCAAGCGUCCGCCCGAGGCCCAGGAGCCUUCUCUGAGCCGUUGUGGCGCUCGCUCGCAGGGUGAUUGUGAUAAAGUAAUGUCCGCCAGGCGCGCAAACGGCCGACCAGCAAGUAAACAACGUACGGAACUCGAAUUUUGUUGCAAAAGCUCAAGGGAAGCAAUGGGAAGGAGCUUAAUGAGACGAAAAAGCUGACAAGAGAUGCUAGUUGCAGAUGCAGAUCACAUUAAAUUAUUUUACCUAUUAGUAGCAAUUUUUUUUUAAAUUGUAUUAUCCGAUUUUCAAUUAGCAACUGUGCAUUGCUGACACCACCUGCAAAGGUUAGUGCCCGAUGUAGGCCAUUUAGACAUUUUCUUUUGUCUACCGCAGAACGGGAGAGGCUUUCGUUCCUUAGGCUUGGCGGAUCGUGUUUCGAUCUGCUCGGAGGUGAUGGUGAUAGCGAUUCCGGGCGCUGAAAGGUUGCGGCCCUUUCCUGUAUAGCUAGGUUAGGACAUAAAGCAAUCAGUGUCCCUCUCCUUGUUUCUAUCUCUCUACCUGUGCGUCACACUGUGUCAAAAUGUGAAAUGAUAUUCUCUAACCGAGCCACCAGAGGAGGAUGAAGAACGAAGCGUAGUAGUCAAGUCAUUGUCCAAGCCCGUACUAAGGUAUAUGCAAGAUGAGAAGAAAAUGUUGGCAAACAAAGGCCCUAAUACAAAAUGGCGUAGCAUGAACUAUGAACCAUUCGUAAACCCCGCGUACACAACAGCUAGCAAAGACUUCUACAAUGUUAGGUUAUUUAUUAAAAUAGAAAAAAUGAAAGUGAACAGGGGACGAUGCACUGAAAUGAAAAUGAAUGAUUACAAUAACAAUCACAUUAUCAAUUGUGGAAUACUUUAGUUUUUGUUUUCUUUUCACCAUUUCAUGACAUCAUUACUUACGCCACAAAUCAUUCGAUUGUUUUUGGGUCCGUUCGGAGUGUUCCGUACUAUGGUGGAUGCGAAAUUUAUGCCCCUGAAAGGAAGUUUGAUAAACUGUUUGCUAAACACGAUUAUUUUAUCCUACACUGUUUAUCCUUAUCCGCUUGAUUGGAACGCCUUUUUGUUGCACGUGUUUCGACACUAUUUUCGUGUGCCCCGUUAUUCUUUUUCCAUUAUGGCCAACGUGUGGCCAACGUGAGUACUGGGCAGAUAAUGGAAAGGAAUGUGCAGAAUCUAAUGUAAUCGAAUCUACGAGAUACGAGGCUAGAAAAUACUGAAGGCAAGUGGCGGUAUGGUAUCUCUUUUGACCGGUAACAAGUUAUAUAUCUCCUGUGAUCAUGGAUGUUAAUCUUAAACAUAUUGAAAGUAAAAUAAAGCCUUCACACAACUAACAAAUGACAGUUCCGAAACGUAGAAGGUGCAGCUAACGCAGUUAAGCUGCAGCUAUUGCGUCUUGGAAAGGGCGCGCAAAUGCCCGGAAUAUGUGGCGAGGACGAAACAAAUAAAGAAAAUCUAGAUUGGAGAGUGUACGAUGCUCCAUCUCACAAAACUGCACCAUCUUUGUUCUGGCUCAUGAAACUAAACGCAACAAUACCGAUACUUAAUACUGAGGAAACACACUGAAGCCAUGGAAGCACCGGAAGGAUAAAAUUAGAUAGAAUAAGUGGAUAUGCGCAGGAGAAGAACGAACGCGAAGGAUGAGCUCACGAAGAAGCAAGAAACGAGAGCACGUGUGCGUGUAGCGACGAAUGUAACGAAAUUUACAGCAUUUUAGGUGUUUGUUACCAAUGAAGUGAUUUAUUAAUGAUUUUCUCUCAAUUUUAUAGAACAAAUCGUGUACUUAUACUAAAUGAAAACAGAAAGACCGGCCAGGCAUAUGAAACGUCUUCUGGCGUCGGUCACGGUGCAGAGUCCGAUUUCAUACCCUUCGUAACCACGCUUCCCUUCUUCUAUCGUCGUUACAACAGAAAACACUAUCGAAUAGUUACAGAUACAUAGUUAACAUCGCGCGACGAGUUUCAAUAUUGCUAGCUCUCUGUUGAUGAAUUGCACACUAAGGCUGAAAGUUGAACAAAGACAUUUUCUCUUCUUGCUCCUUCCUUGGAAUGAACGUUAUUUUGAUCAAUAGAUAUUUACGCAAUCUCGCAAUUAACGGCCACUGCGGAAACUCCAAACAUGCUACGCAAACCGAAAUGUAAUAGCCAAAUGACUUUAAAUAAAUCA